UUCACUCAACCACUCGACUGCCACCCGGUCGCGAGAAAUAGUUACGAGAGCAAAUCCCGGCAAACAUGAGGUCGAUCGUGUUCCUGGGGCUGAUGGCUCUCGUCUGCGGCGUCUGCUGCCGAGAUCUUCGCAUCGAGAAUUUGCCGCGUCAGCUUCGAUUGUCGCUGAAGGACAAACGCGGCUUCGGCGAUCGCCCCUUGGCUUUCCCGUCGCAUGGAUCUUCUUACUCGGCUCCCAUUUACUCGAGCCUGGGUUCCGGUUACAGUCUGGGGGGAUCAUCCGGCGGUUUCUCCCUCGGCCAAGCUGGACUCCACGGGUUAAGCGGUUCUGUCAGCCACGGAAUCGGAUACCCCGUAGCUCCGUCCAAUGGUCUCAGUUUAGGAUCCGGAUACUUGUCCUCUAGUUUGGGCCACGGUUCGCUGUCGAAUCUUCAAGGGGUCUCUCUAGGUGGACAUUCGGCCCAAAGCAGCUACCCCGUGCCUAGCAUCGCGAAUAUCGGCGCUGGAGGAGGCAACGGACUCUUCACCCCGUCGAAAACUGGGCCGGUCACUUUCGGACUUCAUGGCGGCAGCGGCUCGACCAGCGCUUCUGGCUCGAGCACCUACUCGUCGCCAGUUUACGCUUCCGGCAACCACGGACUAUCAGCUUACAGCAGCGGAAGUCUCCCGGUCAUGCUGGGCUCGUCUCACGGCGGCUCCUCGUACAGUUUACCGUUGAGCUCUUCAGGUUCUUCGGCGGGGUACAGCCUUCCUGCACAGUCCUCGUCUUCGAGUCCUUCGCACACCGUCACGGGCGGCCUGAUUAUCGCCAGUGGACCGCACGGUGCGUCCUCCAGCUAUAACCAACUGUCGACUUCCGGUGCCUCUCACGGUGCUGCCUUCAGCAGCUCCAACGCGGCCUCUCACGGAGCGUCGUCUUCCUACUCUCUUCCCAUCACUUCCGGGGCGCACGGGGUUUCCGCCUUAGCAAAUAGUCCCACGUCGAGUUACUCAACAUCUUCUUCGGGCUCCUACGGUGCCGCCGGCUCUCACGUCGGACUCUCCGGCGGGUCAUCCGACAGCUCCAGCUAUGAACUGCCGAUCUCUUCAGGAUCUUACUCGAGCUCCGGCUCGUCCAGCUCCAGUCCGUACACGAGCUAUCUUCCGGCUCACUCGGACAGUAGCGCCAGCUAUUCAUCCAGCAGCGGCUCCAGCUACUCGAGUCCCAGCGUCACCUACGCGGCGCCGAACUCGAAUUACGUGAGCUCCAAUUCCGACUACUCGGCUCUUGGCUCGAGCUACUCGAGUCCCAGCUCCAGCUACUCCGGCCCAUCUGUCAGUUACGCCGGAAGCUCCAACUACGCGCCCACAUAUGCGAGUCCCUCCGGUUCGUACGGGGCGCCCGGCGCGGAGCCGCAAGGAGCCUACUCCGGCGUGAACCCGAGGUAUCUGGGAUACGCCACAGCGAAAGCGUACGAAAGCCUGGAUUCCGAGAGAUCCAAGUACGACACGAUCUCGUACUCGAGUCCUAACGGGAAAUAUUGAGCCGCUUAAUUUAUAUUCAGUAGGACUACUCGUAUCGUUCGCCCUGACAUUAUCGGGCUCACUCGAUAGCAAUCUAUAAGUUUCAUAAUUAUGGAAUCAGCGCGCGUUGGGCGGUGAUGACUCAACGCUAACACGAAUUCAUCGCGAUUUCACAUUGUCCGUUUCUCGAAAUCUAUGUUAACGCGAUCUUGCCAUGAGAUGUGGCGAUGACUCUGUUAUCCGAUUAUUUGGUCAAUCGUUCACCGAAGCGGGUCGGAAGAUCACGCGUGACGCCGCGCCACAGACGAUUGUAGCCGAAUCUCUAGGAGACAAGAAGAAUUGCCAGUGUUUAUAUGUAAAUCUACUCUCUACCGUAAAACUAUGUAGAGGUCUAUGAGAGAUACUGUAAUAGUAUUUAAUGCAAAAUGCGUUAUCUGUAUAUUUAUAUCACCCAUAGAUAUCUUAGUGUGUCCCUCUCUAUUAUGCGCCCGAUGUAUCGCCGAUGAUUGUGAUUUUUGUUGUAUAGUUUUUUUAAUGUUUUUUUUUUUUA